GGAGGGAAGGGGGAAUAUGGAACGAGAGAGAGAGAGAGAGAACGUAAAGACGACAGCAGGAGUCUCAGACGUCAUGAUAAGUUGGGGGGCGGAGAGAACAGAGUGAGAGAGAGAGAGAGAGAGGGACGCACAGUACUUUGAAUUCACGAAGUCUUUGCAUCAGUGGUGUAGACCUUCUACUCAAGAUGUUGGUAUAGUGUUCAAUCAGGGCUAAUGUAGCACAAUUCUUGGAAAAAAAAUGCGGACGGUCUUGAUGGCCCUUGUAGUUUUAUGGUGUUGUCUUUUAGCCAUAAUUCUGCCUGUAAUACUGGGCCAACAAGUUCAGAAUGACUGGGAUAGAAAGAAAGUAGAUCAAGCAGAUUGGAAUAAGGAGGAAAACCAGCAAGACCACUCUGAGAUAGCCCGUACACGUGUAGAUGGGUUGAUUGGUUCAAACCCUUCCAGUGUUCUACGUCACGCUGAUGCUAAUCGGCCUUUAGAUAAGACCGUGGCCUCUAAUCAGUUGAACACACGCCUACUGGACUGGGACGACUCGGCCCUGACUGCCGGCCAGACUCGUCAAAGGUCACAGGGAAGAGAUGCCGAGACUAAAGAUAGGAAAGAUAACCAGGCCAGUUGGGACGUCGAUCCGCUCUGGUCAGACAAUGACGAUGGUCAGAGCGAAACGGACGAGGGUCAGCAUGACCCCCAUGACAGUGUGGGGGAGAGGAAGGAGCACCUUGUGCUGUCAGUCAGCGCCCCGGAUUUGUUUCAGACAAUUACUCUGGUGUUGGACCAGGUGUCAGAGCUCCUCUCCCCUGGCUUUGUGAUUCAAAGGGUGCAGGGAAACGUCUCCUGGUUGGAGGAAGUGCAGGACAGAGGAAUGGAUUGUUAUUUUUCUGGGAUCGUCAUGCAACACCCAAAUAACUCCAACGUAGCUUUAAGUUUAUGCGAUGGAGUGAGAGGCAUCAUUCAAAUGAAUGGGGAGAGAUAUUACAUUCGUCCAGAAACCUUGCGAGGUUCCCACAACAUGUUUUCAGAAGCAUCCAAAUCAUCCAGUUCAUUUCUGUCAAUACUUUCACCGUAUUUAAAACAAUAUCAACAUAUCGUCAGCAGGAUUGCCAUCAAAAAUCCACAUUCUCCCUCCAAUUGUAGUAUAACAGCUAAUUUUAAACAUCACCGUUUAAAGAAACAUCAGGACAAAUUAGAAGCAUAUAAACAAUUGUAUCAUAGUAGUCAAUAUGAACACUUGAAAGAUGUGUCAUUCGGUGAGGCCACGGGGAGUCUUAAGGAGAAUAGAAGAAGACGCUCGGUUGGAGUCUCCAGAAGACACACUGUAGAGACACUGGUGGUGGCUGAUGCCAAGAUGUAUGAGUACCACGGAAAGGACGUUGAGAAUUACGUCUUAACCCUCAUGUCUAUUGUAAAAACUAUCUACCAAAGUCCAUCUAUAGGAAAUUUUAUUAAUGUUGUGGUUGUAAAGCUUAUCAUUUAUGAAAAAUCAUCUGAAACACCAUUUAAAGUCAACCAGAGCGCAGCAGGGACAUUAAAAAAUUUUUGUCAGUGGCAGCAUAAAAAUAAGGAAUCCAGCAAAGAGAGUCACUAUGACACAGCUAUUCUUAUCACCAGGGAAAAUAUAUGCAGAGCUCCAGGCAAAUGUGAUACUUUAGGCCUUGCGGAACUUGGAACCAUCUGUGAUAAACUAAGAAGCUGCUCUCUUAUAGAAGAUAAUGGGAUCAGUGCAGCUUUUACUAUAGCUCAUGAACUUGGUCAUGUUUUUAAUCUUCCUCAUGAUGAUGACAAACAGUGUACCGAGUCUUUACCAGAGAAUCAAAAAGUAGCAUUCCAUGUCAUGGCCCCAACUCUGGAUUACAAUGCCAGUCCUUGGGAUUGGUCCAGUUGCAGUGCUAAACUUAUGACAGAUUUUCUUGAAUCAGGACUAGCCUCUUGUUUACUUGAUGGUCCUCGAGUUAAAACCUGGAUGAGUACUAUGCAAAGUUUAAAUCAGCCAGGAUGGAAUUAUUCUGUGAAUAAACAAUGUAAAUUUGUUUUUGGUGAAGAAUUCGCUCUUUGUCCUUACUCGGUAAAUAUGUCUCAUUUUGAAAUUAUUCAUCAUGCAAUUUUCCAUUGUUUAGCUUGUGCAGUUGGGGGAGAGAAGGGGAUGACCAUGAUUGUUUAUUGGGUGAAUUACGUAGGAGACAUUUUGAUUCAAUUGCAGAAUAACCCAGUGUGUCGAAGGUUAUGGUGCACAAAUUCAAGUGACAGCAAAAUAGGCUGCCGAACAAAGCAUAUGCCUUGGGCUGAUGGUACUCCAUGUGGAGACAAUAAAGUCUGUCAGCAUGGUGACUGCUUGGUUGUUACCGAGCCCAAACCUAAAGCAGUCAAUGGUGGUUGGGGACAUUGGAAGCAGUAUGGACCUUGCUCAAGAACAUGUGGUGGAGGUGUCAAAUCUAAAAUUCGUGAAUGUGAUAAUCCUGUCCCAAAAAAUGGAGGGACUUACUGUUUAGGUGCGAGAGUUAGGUACAAGUCCUGUUUUGUAAAGGAGUGUCCUUCACCUAGCAGAGACUUCAGAGCAAUGCAGUGUGAUAGUGAAGAGAUGAGAAGAAAAAAUAGGGUUAAGGAGCUUCCUAAUAAUUCCACAUGGAACCCAAAAACCAGUGGAGUGCACUUAAAGGAUGUCUGUAAGUUGUAUUGUGGUGCAGGGAACAGUUCAAUCUAUUCAUUGUUUGCUAAGAAAGUGAUUGAUGGAACCAAGUGUGGUCCUUAUACUGAAGAUAUUUGUGUCAAUGGACAAUGCUGGGCUGUAGGCUGUGAUAACAAACUUGGAUCUAAAAUGAAGAGAGACAUGUGUGGGGUGUGUGGUGGAGACAACUUCACAUGUAGAUCUGUCACUGGAAUAUUCAACAAUGCUAUAUAUGGUUACAAUCUUGUUGGAACCAUCCCUCAAGGUGCAACUCAUAUAGACAUUCGACAGUAUGGACAAAUGAGGCACACAAAAGAUGAUGACAAUUAUUUAGCACUGAAAGAUUCUCAGCAAAGAUAUAUACUUAAUGGAGAAUACAGUGUCAGGACAGAACCAUGGAAAAUAAAGUUAGGAGGUGCAAUUAUUGAAUAUAGUGGCUCUGAGGAAUUUGUGGAAAGAAUCAAUACAACAAUGAUCAUUGGAGAGGACAUAACUCUGUAUGUUCUUUCAGUUGGCAAAUUAAAUCCACCUAAUAUAACAUAUUCUUACUUGGUAUCUGUUACCAAAAAAGUUGUCUGGAAAAAUCUUGGUUGGAGCAAGUGCAAUUCAGUUUGCAAUGGGGAGAGAAAAAGUUUGAUCAAGUGUGUACGUGAAGAAGACACUCACAAAGUUCAGCCUAAGCGAUGCAGUAAUCUGGAGCGUCCAAAGGCAAUUAGUGAGAGAUGUAAUACAGACUGUACUAUCAGUUGGAGAGUGUUUAAGAAUGAGGAGUGUCCAGUCAGAUGUGGUAAAGGAAUGAGACGCCAGCUGGUUCACUGUGUGAAAGUAACAGACUAUAAAAAUGUUGUCAUUAUUCAUGAUAAAGAAUGUAUCAAACUGUAUGGUGCUAAGCCAGAUGAGCAUGUACCUUGUGAUGGUUCUUGUCUGCCCACCUACUGGACAUAUACAGAGUGGUCACAAUGCUCCUCAAGUUGUGGUGAUGGUUUACAACACAGACAAGCCAAAUGUGUGGAUGAUACUGCCAAAGAGCUGCCAGACAAAGAGUGUGCUGGUAAAGACAAAGAGUUGACACGCCAUUGUAGCAACCCACAGUGUGCUGAGUGGACAACUACACAGUGGACUGGGUGUUCAGUGACAUGUGGGUAUGGUUACAAACAAAGAAAAGUUUUGUGUGUUCAAGGAAAUCAAAAAGUGGAAGAUGGCCUCUGUUCCAAAAAAAAACCAGUCAAUAAAAAAGAAUGUACUCUGAAGGAGUGUCCAGAGUGGACAGCAGGUGGCUGGGGGCCUUGUUCAGUAACCUGUGGUAAAGGUGUCAAUAUGAGGGCUGUGAAAUGUCGCACUGGCAACUUCUCACAAGAGGAUGAUGUUUGUGAUGCUAGUAGAAAGGUUAAUGACAGGCAGCCAUGUUUCCUGGGACCAUGUCCAACAGAAGCACCUACUUCUACAACAACCAUUAAGUCUGUCUCUAAAGGAGGCUUCUGGAGAGCUGGAGCUUGGACAGAGUGUUCUUCCCUGUGUGAUUCUGGCACCAAAUACAGAGUAGUCAGUUGCACAGCAUAUAAUGGAACUGUACUGGAUGAAUCAGAAUGUUCACAUCUACAGCGGCCAGCUAGUAAAGAAAACUGCUUCCUAAGGCCAUGUGGCCACUGGCAUCAGGGAGACUGGAGUGAUUGUUCAGUCACCUGUGGGAGUGGUGUUCAGAUUCGAUAUGUUAGCUGUACAUUCAAUAAACAACGCCAGGAUGAAAGGUUCUGUGAUGUGAGUGUCAAACCAGAAACAGAGAUACAGUGUAACAGAGGGACAUGUCUAAGUCAUGAAGAUCUUAGCAUUGCUGUCAUCACAAGUAAUAAAGUUGUGGGCACCAGCCACUGGAGAAUUGGACCUUGGAGUAGUUGUUCUAGCACAUGUGGCUCUGGAUGGGAAAGACGUCUUGUUGUCUGCAGUGAUGAGAAGGGUCCAAGUAAGAACUGUGAUAUCACUUUAAGACCUGAUGAAUUUAAAGCCUGUGACAGUGGAGCUUGCCCAAGUUGGAAAACAGAUGUCUGGUCUAAUUGUUCAGCUAGUGACUGUGACUCAGAAGGUAUACAGAAAAGAUUAGUUGUCUGUCAACUCCCCAACAAUGACAUACUUGCCAACUCCAACUGUGAUCCUAAAAAAAAACCUCCUGAACUCCAGAAUUGUAAAGCUCAAUGUCAGAGACCUGAGGGAACUUGGAAGGAAGGUUCAUGGUCAGGGUGUUCUGUAACAUGUGGACAAGGCAUGAGAGUAAGAAACUUGACAUGUCAAGACAGUAAAAACACAGUUAUUGACCAGAUAUAUUGUAAAGAUAAGAAACCCAGAAACACAAAACCAUGCUUUAGGAGAGCAUGUCCAACCUGGCAUGUUGGCAAGUGGAGUCAGUGUUCUGCAAGUUGUGGAGCAGGAGAGAAAACAAGAAGAGUUCAUUGUAUGGACAAGAGGAAAAAGUUUGUAGAUGACAAAUACUGUGAAUAUCAACCCAAACCAAUGAUGCAGACACCAUGUGAGCAAGAAGACUGUAAUUCAUACACCUGGCAAGUGGAACCUUGGUCAGAGUGUUCAACAACCUGCGGCUUUGGCAGUAAGAAGCGCUCUUUGUAUUGCCAAGAUCCCAAAGGUACCAGAGUUUCAACACAUCUAUGUGAUGAUGCCACAAAGCCAAAAGAUAAAAGAAGAUGUAGUGAAUUUCCAUGUCCAUAUAUGUGGAUUGAUGGACCUUGGUCUGAGUGCUCCAAAACUUGUGGAAUGGGAACCCAAACCAGACAGGUUUCAUGUCAAGCUGUUACCAAGGAAUACUGGAUAUUGCCUGGGGAAGCUCACUACAAAUGUCGUGCCAGUGAGAAACCAAUCUCUCAUAGAUAUUGCAGCACAGGAAACUGUGCAGCAGAUGCUCAUUGGGAAUAUGGGCCUUGGGGAGAGUGCUCUGCAAAAUGUGGCAAGGGCAUUCAGACACGACCAAUUUAUUGUGUUGACAUGAAUGGAGAAAAGGUCAACAACUCAGAGUGUAUCUCAUACUUCAAACCAGGGACUAAUAGACCAUGUUAUGGUGGACAUUGUUAUGCUACAUCUUGUAAAGAGCUCAAGAACAUGACUACAAUACGUGUGGAUGGAGAUUAUCACCUGAAAGUAGGAAACCAACUUGUCAAGAUUUAUUGCCAUGAAAUGAGAAAAAAACAUCCCAAGGAAUACAUUUCAUUAAUACAAGGAGCAGAAGAAAACUAUGCUGAAAUGUUUGAGAAGAAGCUAAAAGUGCCUACCUUUUGUCCCUAUGAUGGCAUGCGUCCUGAUGAAUAUUGCCUAGAGUGUCGUAAGAAAACUUUUGAACAUGCUGGAAAUUCAAGCUUCUUUAAGAUCAGAAUAAAUUUAGAAACUCUGACUGUGAUAACUACCGAUACAACAUUUGGUAAAACACAUUUUGGUAACUCUGUGCCUUAUGCGACAGGUGGUGAUUGUUACAGCUCUAGCAAUUGUCCACAGGGUCGCUUCAGCAUAAAUCUUGUUGAUACUGGUUUCACAGUUUCUACCAAUACCACAUGGACUCUUCAAGGUAACAGAGCUUCACAACGAAUAUGGAGGCUAAGGGAUGGACAGAUUAUACGAGGUGUAUGCGGUGGUUACUGUGGAGUUUGUUCUCCAGAUCCCAAGAAUGGCCUCAAGUUGGAUCUUUUGAGAUGAAAGCAUUUCUAAAACAUUUUUAAAAAAACUAUUUUCAUUUCAGGUAUUGUUAAGCAUCAAAAAGAAAAAAAAAUAUUUCAAUGUAAAAUAAAAGAAUAGUUUUGACAUUCUCUAGGAAGUUUUGCUUUAAUAGUCAGACCUGAUUAUGCUGAAUGUCACAUCUAUAUAUAUAUAGAGAGAGAGCAUUCAAUAUUGACAUGUUCCUAUCAAAGACAGAAAAGCUUGGACAGAGUUUUCAAACAUUUUUGACCUAAUGAGGUCUGGCUAUAAUUUUAGUAAUAUCUAUUAUGUAUGCUUGAACCAUGAAUCCUAAAUGUAUUUUCUUUUGUAAUAUUUUUGUUAGUCAUAUGGUUGUUCUUAUUAAUUUUAUAUAUGGUAUUGGAAGCACAAGAAAUAUUGUUUGUUUAUGAUUUGUAUAUAGCAAUUUUGUCUUUUCUUGGCCUGAUUAAAAAAAAAAAUUAUUUUAAAAAUAUAAUUUAAAAAAAAGGGAAUUUUUUAAUUAAAGAAAAAAAAAAGUUUUCUUAUGUCUGAACAGCUUGUUUUAACAGAUCUAGGGUUAAGGUACAAUGAUUGAGCAAAAAAAAAUGACUUGCAGAUUGUUACCUAACAAAUGUGUUCAAUGUUUAGAACUAAUUUUUAUAGAAUAAUCUUUAGAAAUUGUCAUACAGCUUUUUCUUCUCUUGGCUUGUCCAACUUGAUUAACCCAAUGAUUAUGUUGUCAGAUGCUUAGUAUAUUCAUUGCAGCAUAUUUGUUUUUCUCAACUUUCAUUUAUUGAUUCCCUUUUUUUUUAUACAGACUCAUAAAAGUGAUGGUAAUGAAUAUAAUAUAAUAGUUAUUAUGUAGUAAAAUUUCUAAAACUGAAGCUUUUUAAUUUCAUCAAGUCACGUAGCUAACUUGAAGAGAUUUCCUCACUGACCACAAACUUACUCUGUUAACUAAGUGUUGAAUAUAGGAAAUGUUAUCGCAAUAAACAAAACUACCAAAUUUACCGUUAAAGUAAAGUGUGUGACAAAUAGCCUUGCAUCUUACAGAACCAAACCAACACAAGGGCAUCACUAGAUAAUGAGGUCAUCACUCUGCUGAAGAAGUAUUAAGAUCCAUAAGGUGUAUUAAUUCAUCAUGACACAGACGACAUCUUUAAAAUGCACAAAAAAAGGUCAAGGACUUUUUGUUUUCUAAUUUUCAAAAAAUGAAUUUUUUUCUUAAUAACUUUAACAGUGUUCAAACUAAUUAAUAAAUUGAGACAUAAGAUAAUUGAUUACUAAAAUUUAAAGAAUAAACAUAGUUUUUCUUAGAAUAUUUUUUUUUUAUAUUGUGCAAUAAAAAUUGUUUCCUUAAAUGUAUAUAUAAAAACAAACAAAUUGAAUUCUACAUUGUAUUUAUUAUAUAGCAUUUUAAAUUUGAAGAAAUGAAAUCAAAACCUUUCAAUUAAUCGAAUGAAUCAAAUUUGAGGGAAAAAAGUUAGAUUUAAAUACAAAUUUAAAUAAUGUAAUUAUAAGGGGAGAAAUUUGGAUACUUAAAAUGCUUGAUUUACAAACUAAUCUUCUAUUGGUUUUAUUCAACUUGAACUAAUUUGCUAUUAUUUAAAUGAUUAUGAUAAUAAGACUAAGCAUCAGCCUUAAAGAUAGAGAGUCAAAGAUAAUAUACAUUAGAGUCAUUCCAAGAGACAAUACAAAUGUUUUCUAUUUAUUUUAUUCAGCUAUUUAUAAUAUGUUACAAAGAAUUCUAUAUUUUGAUGACUGAAUGUAUUAAAACCUUAAUAAUUGUAUAUGUUGACAAAUUAUGCUGUUUUUAUUUUGAAUAUAUUUAUAUACUGUGUAUCUGUAUAUAUUUCUCUAUACAUAGCUUUUAAUAGACAUUUGUAUUUUUAUUGCAUUGUUAUAAUUCCAUUAUUGCACAUUAUAUUUCUCAUUUUGAAUCAUAAUAUGUAAAUGUUAUUUUUCUCUAUUGCUUAAUUUCUAUGUAGGCCUGUUAGUUUGUACAUAGGUUAUAUAGUUUAUAUAUAAUUGUACAAUAUAUUUAUCUAUUAUAUAAAAGUGUAUAUAAUAUGUAGAAUCUGUUUUGACUAAGUGACAUAAUUUCUACACUUGUACAAAUCUAUUAAAGGCAAAAAAGGCAAAUUACAAUUUUUGUCAGUAUUAAUUUCUUUUAGCUAAGAGAAACAUUAUAGGGAGUAUUAGUUGUUGUUUAUUAAUUCACACUAUAAUAAAUAGAAUAAUUCACUAAGCUCAUCCAUGCUAGGGCUUUCAUGUAUUAAUAUAUGCUCAGCCAGCACUGCCUCAGUAUUCAGUUUAUAACUGAUCAUAGUAAGUUAUUAUAACUUUAUGUUCCUCAUGACUUGUCACAUUUUCAUCUCUAGUAGCUCUUGUGUUACAUUUUCAUGUUCAAUUAUAUGGCUUUAUUUUUUGGUUGCAUUUUAGAUAAAAUGGAUGUUGUAUUUAAAAAAAAAUAUUUCUAGUCAUAUUUGUUUAUUUAGAUUGAAAUAGUCAAAUGAUUGAAUACAGAUAAAAUUUGAAAAAAAAAACUUUACAUAAAACUAAAAUAAAUCUUUUUUUUUCUUUCACCCAAAUAAUUAUUUAUGCUUGAUAUCAUUUUAAGUCUCUUUCCUAUAUAUAUUCUAAAAAUUAUUUUUUAAUAAGAGUUGUCAGUGGUUAUGAAAAGGACAAGUUUUUCUCUUCAUUAGAUGACAUUAGAUUUUAAAAUGUCCUGUGUUAUUGUUUAGUUUCACAUACAAACCAAACCUAAUGUGUUAAGAAAUACAUUAUUUUUAACUGACUUUCUUAUUUUAUUUUGUACUUUAUUUUAUUAUAAGUUAUUUUGCCAUAAUAUAAAAAGUCUGAUUUCAUUUUUGUAUCUAGCAAAUCAAUUGUUUUUUAAAUUAUAGAGAAUAAUGUUCAAUCAUACUAGUAGAUGCUAAUUAGCAUUUUCAUUUUCUGUAGUUUACAACAGACAUUUAAAAAAUUAUAGUUCCAAUCGUAUUUAGUGGAUAUAAAACUAUUAAGUGACUUUUAAUUGUCCAUGUUAAUCAAAUAUACAUCUUUUAUUUAUUUAAAAGUAUUUCUAAUAUUAUAGGCCUAUUUUAUUUUAAAAUAUCACAAUUAUUUAUUUACUUGUAUUAGUGUAUGUUUUUUAUUUUUAAAGAGUGUUACAAAGAAAAGAAAGUCUUAGUAAUCCAACUAUAUAUUUUAAAAAAUUUUAAAGUAUCAUAUAAGCUGAUUGGAUAUAAGCAUUCAAUUGGAACAUCAUCUCAAAGUACAUAAACCUUAUCUGCUUCCAGAGAUUUAAAAGGAUAUAGAGUCCAAAAAGUAAAGAAAAGUCCAAUAUUUCAAAUGGAUACAUAGCUCCAGCUUACUUUCUUUUUUGUCUUCACCUGACUUCAGUGGGUCUCAAUUGUUUGUGGUGCAGUCUUCUACCUUUGAUGAGAUAAAUGUUCAGAUAAUAUUGAACAAGUGCUCCUUAUAAUUCUUCCCUAGAGCCAUUAGAGCAUGGACUAAGAAGAGUUUAAGUCUCUAAGUAACAUGCAAGACUGUAUUGAUAUGGAUGUAUAUGUUUAGAAAGUAUAUAUAAUUAUCCUCUUUUAAGAAGGAAUAAGAUAAGAUGUGAAGCAAUUUGCCCUUUGGUUGAUUUUAAUUAAUUCCAGAUGAAACUUCAUCAUCAUUUUGACUAAAAUUAGAAGCUUCUUAGUUCAGUAUUUCUUUGCUUCUUCUCAAUGGUAGUAAGUUUCUUGAUGGUCUUAUCUAGUUAUGGUAUACACCAUUAAUAAGACAUAGUCUUUGAGAUGUAUUUCAGUUGGAUGAGAGUCACUAAGUACAAAAUGGUAAUCAUUUUUACAUAUCAAACUAUUUUGUUCACUUUCCUUUCUUUGAUUUUUCUUUGAACAUUGUUAGCUAAUUAUAUGUUUUAUCUACCUUGUACUGUUGCUAUUUGUUCAUCAUGAUUCCACUGUGCAACCAUUGUUACAUUUUUUACAUUAAUGUUCAAAAGAUGACAAUGAUAUUUGCUCUAUAUUUAUAUUUCAAAUAUUUUAUACUAUUUUAUGUUUAGCCUUUUUUUUAUACAAUACAUUUUUUAUUGUUUGUUAUUCAUUGCAUGUUAAUGUUUGCAUGAAGUUAACAACUUUAUUCAUGAUUUCUCCCACUUAAAUUGUACACAUUUUUAGAAUUAGAAUUUUUAACCUGUGUACAUUGCACCUUUGUCUGCUGAUGAGGCUACAUUGAUAGAAAAGUUUUAGGGCUUAAAUUAAAGCAAGCAGAUGGGGUGGAAAGAAAACUUCAUUCACAACAUUCUCAUGUAACUACAGCGAGCCUUACCCUUUCAUACAUGAUAGUCCAAAAAGUAUUUUAAUUCCGUGACUUAAUAUCAUUAGUCCCUUAGUCUGCUGGGUCUCAUUGGGAAAAAAAACUUAUGUUCUUAAUUGUUUAACAGAUUGACUUUAUAUGUCCCCUAUCUUGUUGUCACAUUGAAAUGUUGAUGCACACUAGCAGGAAUGUUAUUAUAAAUUUUUCUGUUUAAAUAGUCACUAGUGGGGAGUUUAGAAGGGUAAAUCAAGAAGUUGGACUUGACCAGCAAGGUUUUCCACCUGGGUGGGUGUGAGUCUAAGUGUAUAAACAGCUUUUCUUUUUAAUCUAUAUUUUAAUAUAAAUGUCAACAUGUAAAUCUGUAUUAUUGUCCAUUAAUGCAUGCAGACAAAUUAGCAUAAUUGUUGUGGAUAUUUUGUGGUAUAUAAAUAUGUACAUAUGUUUUUUUUAUUAUUCUAUUAGCAAUUGUUCUAAUUAUAUUUUGUCAUAGCCCAAAUCUAAGCAAGCACUAAAUGAAUUGGUCAGUUUUUUGUUUUCUAGAGGCAUUUAACUGUUUGUAUUGUGAGAUCUAUGUUUGGUAGAUUUGCAGACAUAUUUGUCAUUAAUAAAAGAUGGAGAGAGCGCGAGAGAAAAAUUAUACUGCUCAAAUGUGAUUGCUUAUCUUGCCUUGAUCACAGAUGACACAUUUAAUUCAAAUAAAUCAAAGUAAUGUGCUAA